AUGGAUCAGAGUGCUAUUCGGGAUGUGACUGGAGGUGCGCAGGAGACUGGACGGGUACUGGAGCAUAAGCUUAACCACAUCUUCUACACGGGAGGUGGGAAGGUUGGGAGAAUCGUUGCGAUGGCUGCUGCGAAGCAUCUGACCCCAACUGUAUUGGAGUUGGGUGGGCAGGCGCCUGCGGUGGUUACGAAGACGGCAAACAUUGAUCUUGCUGCUAAGCGUAUUGUCAACUUCAAACUGAACAACGUCGGUCAGGUCUGUCUGAACGUCAAUCACGUCUUUGUGGACCCUGUGGUAUACGACAAGCUGCACUGGUUGAAAGAAUGGCUCAAGGACGACACCUCUUGGUUGGCACACAUCAUCUCGGAGCCACACUAUCAGCGAGUCAUGAAUCUCCUUAACAAAACGGACGGCGUGGUGGCAUACACUGGUCCAAAUGACCCAGCUAAGAGGUUCGUUCAUCCGAGCAUCAUCACAGAUGUCAAGACCACAGACAGCUUAAUGUCGAAAGAGCUCUUCGCGCCCUUCAUUCCAGUGCUCAAGGCCGACGUCGAUACUGCCGUAUCUACGAUUGAUGCCGGCCCAUAUCCUCUGGGUCUCUACAACUUCUCCAGCUCGCAACAAGAGAUUGACUCUGUCCUAGACCGGACUGCUAGCGGUGGAGUCACCAUCAACGAUGUUGCUCUGCACGUUGCUUCGCCGGGAACGCCGUUCGGAGGCGUCGGUGAGUCAGGUCAUGGCGCUUAUCAUGGCAAGUCUGGGUUUGAUGCCUUCUCACAUACACGACCUGUUGUCGGACGACCAGACUGGAUGGAUGCUCUAGCAUCGUUCAGGUACGGUCCACCGCAGCUCGAGAAUGUCCCGAAGUUCGACACUGCGCAGGCGACAUGGAAGCGCGGCGAGAAGUUGGAGGAUCAGUCGUCGGGUUCGAAGAGCUUUCUUGGGCUGUGGUAA